CAGGCCCCGGCCCGGCCCCAUAAGCCCGCGGCCGGCGGCCGGACCCAGCGGCCAGGCCGGGAGGGGCGACGCGGACGCGGGGCGCCAUGGCCGGGGCGGCGCGGAGCUGCCUCUGCCUCCUGCUGCUGGCCGCGCCCGCGGGGCCGCUGCGCGCGGGUUUCCAGGAAAUUUCUCUGUUGUCCUCCUAUGAAGUUAUAAUCCCACAGAGGUUAGGAAGAGAACGGCGAGAGGCCUCCGAUGUCUCCUCAGUGCAGGACAAGGUGUCGUAUGCUAUUGAGAUAGAGGGAAAAGAAUACACAAUUCAUCUAGAAAAGAACAAAGAACUGCUGCCCAAAGAUUUCACAGUGUAUACAUAUAGUAAGGAGGGGAAGUUGCAAUCUGAAUAUCCAGAUGUCCAGGAUCACUGCCAUUACCAGGGAUACGUGGAGGGGAUCCUGGAUUCUGUUGUUGCUGUCAGCACUUGCUCGGGGCUCAGGGGUUUGGUGACCAUAGGGAACAUCACCUAUGGGAUUGAUCCCAUGGAUUCGUCCUCUGGCUCCAAACACAUUUUAUACCCAUUGGAUAAUGUGAAGAAAGAGCCCACAAUGUGCGGAGUAACCACCGAAGGCCAUGAAAGGGAACGUGCAGGGGAAAAUCACCAUCCCAGUAUGACUCAGCUGCUGCGAAGAAAAAGAGCCGUCCUACAUCAAACAAGAUAUGUGGAGCUAUUCAUAGUCGUGGAUAAAGAAAAGUUUGAAGAUUUUGGGAAAAGUGAAACAGAAGUAAGAGAACACAUGGUGCAACUGGCAAACUUCCUUGAUAGUAUGUACGUAAUGUUGAACAUCCGCAUUGUACUGGUUGGCCUGGAGAUCUGGAAGUACGAAAACAUCAUUAGUACAGACGGAGGUGCUGGUGAUGUGCUGGCAAAUUUUGUACAGUGGCGAGAGAAGAAUCUUGUUUUGCGACGGAGACAUGACAGUGCCCAGUUUGUUCUGAAGAAGGGAUUUGGUGGCACUGCUGGAAUGGCCUAUGUUGGAACAGUGUGCUCCAAGAGCCACGCAGGAGGCAUUAAUGUGUUUGGAAAAAUCAGUAUACAGAUGUUUGCAUCGAUUAUGGCUCACGAACUGGGACAUAACCUGGGGAUGAACCAUGAUGAUGAAAGAGUCUGUCACUGUGGAGCAAGCAGUUGCAUUAUGAGCUCUGGGGCAUCGGGAUCAAGGAACUUCAGCAGCUGCAGUGCAGAAGACUUCGAGAAGCUAACUCUCAACAAAGGUGGAAGCUGCCUGCUCAACGUUCCCAAGCCUGAUGAAACCUAUAGCGUCCCAUACUGUGGGAACAGGCUGGUAGAUGUAGGGGAGGAGUGUGACUGUGGUUCGCCAAAGGAAUGUGAAAGCGAUCCUUGCUGUGAACCAGGUACUUGUAGGCUCCGAUCCGGUGCUGCAUGCGCUUACGGUGACUGCUGUAAAAACUGCCAGCUCCUUCCUGGAGGAACUGAGUGUCGGGCAAGUAACAAUGAGUGUGACCUACCAGAGUACUGCAACGGCACAUCCCAAUUCUGCCAGCCAGACUUCACUGUUCAGAAUGGUCACCCGUGCCACAAUGAGGAAGCCUACUGUUACAAUGGUGUUUGCCAGUACUACGAUGCACAGUGUCAGGAUAUCUUUGGCUCAAAAGCCAAAGCUGCCCCGAACAUUUGUUUUGCUGAAGUGAACUCCAAGGGUGAUAGAUUUGGCAAUUGUGGUUUCCAUGGCCAUGACUACAAGAAAUGUUCCAGCUGGAAUGCCAUGUGUGGCAAGCUGCAAUGUGAAAAUGUGAAAACUAUGCCUGUUUUUGGAAUUAAGCCUGCCAUUAUCCAAACUCCCAUUAGAGGCACCACGUGCUGGGGUGUAGAUUUCCAGCUAGGCUCUGAUGUCCCUGAUCCAGGAAUGGUGAAUGAAGGCACCAAAUGUGGUACUGGAAAGAUCUGUAGGCAUUUCCAGUGUGUGAGUGCCUCUGUCCUGAACUAUGACUGUGAUGUAGAAAGGCAGUGUCACGGGCAUGGGGUGUGCAAUAACAACAGGAAUUGUCACUGUGAAGCAGGCUGGGCCCCUCCUUACUGUGAGACUAAAGGCUACGGAGGAAGUCUUGACAGUGGACCUCCUUACAACGACAGCAUGCUUCGUUUGGUAGUAAAUGCAAAUGUAGUCCCUGCCCCAAGCAUCUUACGGUAUAGAAGAGGGGUACACGAUACAGAAACGGGGAGAUACAGAGACAAAGACACCUCAUUGAGGAAUGGGCUACUGGUAUUUUUUUUCCUGGUCCUACCACUCCUUAUAGCUGCUGCUCUGGCAUUUGCAAGGAGAGACAGGCUGAAACGAUGGUUUAGAAGGUUAAUGUCACGCUGUCAUUCGUCACUUCAGUCACCACCUCCUAGAACAGAAACAGAACCAAGAGACUACCAACCCAGAGGCUUUUCACAUGGCAUGCCUUAUUCUUCAAGAAGUGUACCCAUGGAUAUGGAACCAAAUACCUUCCCUGUGCCAUCUUACCCAGUUAACCAGCAUCCUCAGCAGGCUUACCACCAGUCCUACUACCCGUCUCCACAAUACCAGGCACCACAGCCACAGAAGCUGCCAACAAGGCCACCUCCUCCGCAACAGAAAUGUGUACCUCAGGGACCUCUUCCAUCACAGCAAAAAUGUUUACCUCAGGGACAUUAUUUUCCUUCUCGACCAGCACCUUUGCCUCCCAAAUAGCUUUUGGCCUCUCUGAGGCCUUCACGUGAGCUGACCUGUUCGCUGAAGCAAAGCUGAAAUUGCAUUUAUCCGUCUUGCAUCGAGUGGCCCAUGGUAAUCCCAGAAAGCCUCCCUUCUGCAGCCUUGAAUAAGGCAAAUGAGAUAUUGAAGCAAGGAAUGUAAAACUUUAAACUAAAUACCUCUACCAAAGCUACAAGAACUGAAAACAUCAAACCUGUUCUUAGAUCUGUCUGAGUAUUGUGGCUUUGUAAACUGCAGCAGGGCUGCCCAGCUGGAAGUGGAGCAGUCUGCAGUUAGUUAAUCUUUAAAGUACAGCACUUAGGAGUUGCUUUUCGUUUCCCCAUUUCUGUGAUGAGCCCUAAUAAUGAAAUUAUUUGUUGUCAUAUUUCCAAAUGUACAGUGAAGAAUUAAAGUAACCCAUACUAGUAUCAAAUCAAGGAAAUCUGGCCGAUUAAUUUAAAACUUAUUUUGCACGGACUGGAAACUGCUACCCAUUUACACAUAAAUGGCACAGGCGGAAUAAGGUAUCAGUGUACUUUAUCAGAGGAAGAUAAAUAUAUUGUAAACAUGUUUAUGCAUGUAUAUAUGUUUAUUGAUGUGUAAUAAUGCACUUAAAUUCUUAAUUUCAUGCUGACUGACACUAAGCUGUACUAUAUGAACAUUAAGUUUAAUUUAAUGUUUUUAAAUUAGUAAUUGUGAAUUGCUAAAUGAGAAUCCUGCACUAACUUCCACUAAUACCAUGAAUGGGCAAGGAAAAAAAAGGUACGAAAAGACAUGGCCAUAUUUUGUUUUUAAAAAAACGGAGUAUUCUUAGGUUUUAAAUUGGGUCUAAAGACUACAAAGGAGUCCCUGCAGAACACCGAGAAGCAAAAAAUAUGUAUCUGCUUAGACCACCUGAGCUUCUCCGUGCACUUUAGACAGGAGCCUGUUGACUAAUGCAACUCUGUCACCUAAUCUUCAAACCCUUUUAAUGUCAGUCAGGAUGCUUGUAUAGGCUAACUUGCAGUACAUUGGACUGCCAUCAGUUUCUGCAACACUGACUAAACCAGGUUUUAAUACUGCUUCUGAAAAGGAGCGUUUAGCACUUGGUGUGUGAGCAGAGGAGAUCUGUUAGUUGUGAUACAGUUGUGCUGUAAGUAGAAACUGAAUGAUGGUGGUGACGAGUAGAAGUCUAUUGCACAAACUUGCAAGAUCUGAAAAAAAUACUGAAAAGUGUGCUUGGCUUUCUCACUUUGUGCUAGCCACUGAGUACAAACGCGCUCUGUAAAGAUCCCCCAUAAUAUUGCCAAAAAAAAUCUUUUCCUUUGUAUAUACAUAUAUAAAUAUAUAUAUAUAUAGUGUUUGCAUUUGCAGUAAUAAAAUACUUGAACUCUUGUGGUUUCCCAUAAACUUAGACUAAGAUUUAUAACACUAUUAAAAUAUGUAAAAUGUCAGCUAAGGUAUCACCAGACUUAUUUGUGGGGGUCUUCUGUUUGUUCCAAGAUAAUCACUUCCUACUUCUUGUUGUAUUCUACUCAGUUUGGGCUGUCUGUCUGUAAGUACCUAGCUUUGCUGUUUGUAAGGCGAUGUCUGGCCGAGCCCCUCGAGGCAGCUCGUGACACGAGUGGCCAGGUUCACUGGGUGUGUUUGAGAGGAGGGAACCCAAGUCACAAAGUAAUCCUGGAGGAAGAUGUACUUAACUGUAUUUAAAGCUGUAUGUGUGAACUAAAACUAUGCUGAAAAUGGUGCCUUCUAAUAGUUAAGUUUUUAUACUUCAGUGUGCAUGUCAGCAAUACUUCCAGGGCGGAGGUCUAGGGCAAUGAACGUGCAGUUUUUAGAAACAGUUCUAUGGAAAGGAAAUUGCUCAGAUUUUAAAUGUAUUAAAUAUUGAGUAUGACUACUGACUUUUUUAAAGUGUACACUCAUCCCUGUCACCUGAUUAGGUUUGAAGGAGCAGGAAAUGUUGUACAUGUCCCAUUCUCAUUUAAAACGUUGCACUGGGAGCAACGUCGCCUGUUUCUGUGCGCCUCCGGGACCGCGCCGCGUGCCAGUUUUGUAGUGUUUGGGUGCAAUGAAAGGGCUUUUACUGAACCCCUUUGUAAGAAACGAGCAAUAAAGAUGCCAGUUUUGUACAAAA